CGCCGUCCCUGACGGCCCUCGGUUCGAAGGGAGGCGUCGGUGUGGGACGGGCUUCGGAGCCGGGGUCUUGGGUGCGGGCCGACGCGAGCUGCGCCAGGACAUGGCCCACAACAAGAUCCCGCCGCGGUGGCUCAACUGUCCGCGGCGCGGCCAGCCAGUGGCAGGAAGAUUUUUACCUCUGAAGACAAUGUUGGGACCAAGAUAUGAUAGUCAAGUUGCUGAAGAAAAUCGAUUCCAUCCCAGUAUGCUCUCAAAUUAUCUAAAGAGUCUAAAGGUUAAAAUGAGCUUGUUGGUGGAUCUGACAAACACUUCAAGGUUCUAUGACAGGAAUGACAUAGAAAAAGAAGGAAUUAAAUAUAUUAAACUUCAGUGUAAAGGACAUGGUGAAUGCCCUACAACUGAGAAUACUGAGACAUUCAUUCGUCUGUGUGAGCGGUUUAAUGAAAGAAACCCACCUGAACUUAUAGGUGUUCAUUGUACCCAUGGUUUUAAUCGCACUGGUUUCCUCAUAUGUGCCUUUUUGGUGGAGAAAAUGGAUUGGAGUAUUGAAGCAGCAGUUGCUACUUUUGCCCAAGCCAGACCACCAGGAAUUUAUAAGGGAGAUUAUUUGAAGGAACUUUUUCGUCGUUACGGUGAUAUAGAAGAAGCACCACCACCACCUCUAUUGCCAGAUUGGUGUUUUGAGGAUGAUGAAGAAGAAGAUGAGGAUGAGGAUGGAAAGAAGGAAUCAGAACCAGGGUCAAGUACGUCCUUUGGCAAAAGGAGAAAAGAACGGUUAAAACUGGGUGCUAUCUUCUUGGAAGGUAUCACAGUUAAAGGUGUAACUCAAGUAACAACUCAACCAAAGUUAGGAGAGGUACAGCAGAAGUGUCAUCAGUUCUGUGGCUGGGAAGGGUCUGGAUUCCCUGGAGCACAGCCUGUUUCCAUGGAUAAACAGAAUAUUAAACUCUUAGAGCAGAAGCCAUAUAAAGUAAGCUGGAAAGCAGAUGGUACUCGUUAUAUGAUGCUGAUUGAUGGCACAAAUGAAGUUUUUAUGAUUGAUAGAGACAACUCAGUGUUUCAUGUUUCAAAUCUGGAAUUUCCAUUUCGCAAAGAUCUCCGUAUGCAUUUGUCAAAUACCCUUUUGGAUGGGGAAAUGAUCAUUGACAGAGUAAAUGGACAGGCUGUUCCUAGAUAUUUGAUAUAUGACAUAAUUAAGUUCAAUGCUCAGCCAGUUGGAGAUUGUGAUUUUAAUAUUCGUCUGCAGUGUAUAGAGCGAGAAAUUAUAAAUCCUCGACAUGAGAAAAUGAAGAGUGGGCUCAUUGACAAAACACAGGAACCAUUUAGUGUCAGAAAUAAGCCAUUUUUUGAUAUCAAUAUUUCAAGAAAGCUACUGGAAGGAAAUUUUGCCAAAGAAGUCAGCCAUGAAAUGGAUGGACUUAUAUUUCAGCCUAUUGGAAAAUACAAACCUGGUCGCUGUGAUGAUAUUUUGAAAUGGAAGCCUCCAAGUCUGAAUUCUGUGGAUUUUCGCUUAAAGAUAACUAGAAUGGGAGGAGAAGGGUUACUUCCUCACAAUGUUGGCCUUCUCUAUGUAGGAGGUUAUGAAAGACCCUUUGCACAAAUCAAGGUGACAAAAGAACUAAAGCAGUAUGACAAUAAAAUUAUAGAAUGCAAGUUUGAGAAUAACAGCUGGGUCUUCAUGAGACAAAGAACAGACAAAAGUUUCCCAAAUGCCUACAGCACGGCCAUGGCUGUGUGUAACAGCAUCUCAAAUCCUGUCACCAAGGAAAUGCUGUUCGAGUUCAUCAGCAGAUGUGCUGCAGCCACCCAAGGACAGAAGCGGAAGCGUUCCCUAGACCCUGACAUGGAGCUCAUGCCACCCCCACCCCCCAAGAGGCUGCACCCAUCAACCUAAGCCCUGCCUCUUCCCUUAGACUCAGGAGGAAAGACAGUGUGGAAAAUGCUGUUGUCAUUUUUGCAGCAAGAGAAAUGUAAAAACAUUCAAAUCUUUUUUAAAGAAUGAGGAAACUGCAGCCAACUUGAUAUGUUGGGCUUCUUCUGCGUGCUACAGAACAUCAUGAACUUAGAUAUUUUAUUUAUAUCUGAUAAACUCAGCCUUACGUUGUGGAAUCUAAAGCUUAAAAUAUCCAAAGGUUUAAACAAGAUUGAAAUCACUGAAAAAGAGGCCUUGUUUAUAUAUGGAUAAUCUUUACAUUUAAUUUAUAACAUUAAUAAUCUGGAACUGCAAGCACAGAAAAUAUUGUGUUUUUUAAAAGUUGGGUUUCAACUAUGGUAAGUUUUCCUUUUUAAUAAUAUAGAUAGUGGCAUUAGCAAUUCUUACUAUCAUUUAUCAUGGAUUUCCUACAUUUCUGAAAUUUCCAUAUUCCAAACAUUGACGAGUAAUUAAGUAGUGCUAUAAUAAAAACUCAUACUUGGCAUAUGUCAUUUUAAGGUGUUUUUGGAAAUGUAAAAGUAAAUUAGUAAAGCUCUACUUUGUGAAUUGCAUCCUUUCUUUAGAAAGCAUUUUGAGUAUUUCAUCUACUGCUGCUGUAGGAACUGUGGUGUCCUAUGUUCAGUGUUCCCAGUGUGGCAGUGGUUUGAGUUUUGUGAACUUAAAAUGUACAGCACCAAAUCCUGUGUACAUAGUGCUCUUGUGGGAGAUUCGCUUCCUUUAAUGCCAGACAGCUGUGCUUUACCUCAGCAGUAUCAGCAUAUGUGAAUCAUACUACACACAGCUCACUGUGAUCUCUGGAGCAAAGUCACAUACAGUGAUGCUGUGUUAGUUCUCAAGAAGAGCAGUGCAAAGUUGAUGGCAGCUGACCCCUUGGCUAGAAGGUAACGUCAUGUCCACGGGAUGGGAUGCCAGCACCAAGAUAUGCUCUUCCACUGCUGGACAGUUGCAGACACCUUGCAGGGACUGAGCAGCAGAGACUCAGGAUACAGCUUUUCAGAGCCAGAAUUGUACCUGUGUUUGAGAGAUGCUAUGUCUAUGGUACAUCAGAAUUUCACAAUAUUUACUGGUAAACAGUGGGUUUAAAAGACAGUGAGUAGCCAUCUGCAUUGUUCAGAGACUUUCAUUUGGCUUGUGAAGAAAAUCAGAAUUAGCUGAUUAGCUGCAAAUGUAUUUAUUUUUAGAGGCACAAGUUUUAAUUUUAUGUAUUUAAAACAUUUUCAUGAUCUGAAUUUUAUGUGUGUGCACAUAUAUGUAUGUAUACACAGCAUUGUAUAUUCUACUAUUAAGUCAGACAUGAAAACCUAGCAGGCAAGUAUCUGGCAAGAUUUCUACAUGGCAUAGGGCAGACUCACCAGAAAUAUAUUUAUAUGCACCUAAGUUUUAAUGCUUGUAAACAAAGUUUUCUCCUGCAGUGCUUUUCUGUAUGAAAUAGUAGAGCUGUGUUUGGUCUUUUCCUGCCUUGUUCCCAGGUAUGUAAUAUGUAAUGAAUUCAUCUAAAAUGCCAUCUUCAUGUUUUGUUUUUCCUUUAGUGCUUUUGUAUGCUUGUGCACUAAAAGGAUUUAAAUACCUUGAUUGCACUGGUGACUCUUGAUGGGAAAAUUCUUCAGAUUCCAUGUAUUUUUCUUUCGGAAAGUAGAUCUAGAACAAUGCCCCUGCAACUCCAGGCAAACUGGUGUCUACUCCCUUAGCCUGUGGAAAGACAUCACUUUUGCAAAUUCAAAAGCAAACUUUUUAUGCUAGUCAUAACCUUGUGGGUUAGGUGAAAAGAACAUCUCAUUUUAAGUGCACCCAAGUUUUCUUAAUUUGUCCUUUUCUUUCAUUUACAGUGAAGUUGUAAUCAUAGACCUUACAAGUGUAUCCCAUGUAGUCCCCAAACAUGCUGCCCUAACAUGAAGUAUCUUUUUUUUCUUUUUUUUUUUUAAUAAACAUGAAGUAUCUUAACAGUCAUUUAGACAGUCAGGGAGGGGACCGAGAAGCAAGACUUGCCCAUCCUGAAGAACAUCCUUCUCAACCUAACAAAAGCUGUUUCCUUAGACUGAAGUUUUCAAGACAAGAGUAAGAACUUUGCCUACCUGAGUUAUCACAUUAAAAGCCUUUGCUUUUUGUUGGAAAAAGUAUAGGUAGAUGUCUCUACUGCCUAGAUAACUACAUUUGCUUUCUGUGAAAUGCUCAGGAAUAUCAGAACAUUCCUUCUCUACUUGUGCGUCAAUGUGUGUUAUAAUAAAACUACUGGUUUAAAGUA